ACUGUUAGGAUCGGUGUGGAGAUGUUGAAAUUCCAUAUCCAUUUGGUACAACUGAAGGUUGCUCCCUAGAUGGUGAUUUUUUGAUAAGAUGUAACGAUUCGUCCGGCCAUCCUCCUGAACUAAUAGCCGGUAAAAAUUUGAUUGUCAAAAAUAUUUCCAUGGACGGCGAGCUUGACAUCUUGAUGUAUAUAGCCAAACGGUGUUACGAGAGUGGUGAGCUAGUUGAGCCUACCAACAAUCCCUCGAUCAACUACCCGGCUUUCACAAUUUCCAACACCAAAAACAAGUUCCUCACCAUCGGCUGCGACACUUAUUCCUACCUCAAUGCUUUCCGAAACAAUGAAAGCAUCUCCAUAGGCUCCGUGUCUAUAUGCAAAAGUCGUACAAAUGUCGAAGAUGGAUCUUGCAAUGGGAUUGGGUGUUGCCAGGUUGACAUCCCAACUGGAUUGAAGAACUUGAAUUUAAAAGCUUAUAGCUUUAACAAUCACAGAAAUGUCUCUGAUUUCAAUCCAUGCAGCUUUGCUUUUGUGGCUAAAGAGGAUGACAUGUUCAAUUUCUCCUCUAGUUAUCUUGAAAGCCUGCAAGGGAAUGAGACCUAUCCAAUGGUUUUUGAUUGGGCAAUCGGUGAUGAAAACUGUGGAACUGCUCAGAACAGGUCAGAUUACGUAUGUGGGGGGAACACCUCAUGUGUUACUCCCCCAAAAGGGGUCGAUGGGUAUCGUUGCAAGUUCAACAAAGGUUAUGAAGGAAACCCAUACCUCCCUCAUGGUUGCCAAGAUAUUAAUGAGUGCAAAGCAUAUCCGAAUCCCUGCGAUAUUACUACAUCAAGAUGCAACAACAUUGAUGGGGAUUUUACAUGUACGUGCCUCGACGGAUACGAAGGCGAUGGGAAGAUCAUAAACGGAAAAGGUUGCAGACUUAAAGCCGGGGCCAACCGAUCAAGGAUUAAUAUCAUUAUUCCACUCGGUAAGUAGGCAAAAUAUUAAUGUGUGUGUAUAUAUAUAUAUAUAAUUG